UAAAUGUGAAUUUUUAUGUAAUUUUCAUAGUUUGACUUGUUUGUACUCGAGGUUUAAGAUUAUAAUUCAAGAUUUCAAAUUUUCAGGUUGAUAAUGAAAAAAUAACUUGUGAAGAGAACAAAAAAAUUUGUUUGUCCCUUCAUCUGAAAAGUGCUUCGACAUUUGAAAAGUGCACCAGAAGGUUGCUCAGCAAAACCAACUACACAAAAAUUGCACCAAAUCGGAAAAUUUAAAAUAAAAUUGAAAAUGGAAAAAUCGGAGUUCAAAAUAGAAGAAGCCACAAUAGAGGAAAUCCAAGGCGCGUUCACCGCCGGCGAACUCACGGCGAGGCAGCUGGUGGAGUUCUACCUGGACCAGAUCGAGAGCCUGAAUCCGGUGCUUCGCGGAGUAGUUGAAGUCAACCCCGACGCUCGGAGACUCGCCGACGAGUCCGACCGGGAGAAGGAGGCGAGCAAAAGGACCGGCGUCCGAUUGGGCGACCUACACGGCAUCCCGGUGCUCCUCAAGGACACAAUCGGGACCCACGACGAGCUGAGCACGACAGCGGGAUCGUACGCGCUGGUCGGGUCGAAGGUCAGCCGCGACGCCGGCGUGGUGGCUCGGCUCAGGGAAUCCGGCGCCGUGAUUCUGGGGAAAGCAAGCAUGAGCGAGUGGUACAAGUUCCGUUCUCUCGACGGCGUUCGUAACGGCUGGUGUGCUCGCGCCGGUCAAGGAGUGAAUCCAUAUGUAUCAUCUGGAACACCCUGUGGAUCGAGCAGUGGAUCGGCUAUUUCUGUGGCGGCAAACAUGGCCUGUGUGGCCUUAGGGACCGAAACUCACAGCUCCAUUAUAUGCCCUUCGGAUCAUAACUCGGUUGUGGGCCUCAAACCAACUGUAGGCCUCACGAGUCGAGCUGGGGUCAUACCAAUGGCGCCCCGUUGGGACACCAUUGGGCCGAUAUGCAGGACUGUAUCGGAUGCAAUUUGUGUUCUUGACGUGAUAGCAGGUUUUGAUCCAAGAGACGAGGCAACGAGUGAGGCAGCUGAGUUUAUUCCUGAAGGUGGCUAUAAACAGUUUCUUAACGAAAAUGGUCUCCAAGGAAAGAGGCUUGGUAUUGUCAGAUAUCCAUUUGUCGAGAAAAUACAGGAUAAUGCCGAAGUAGAAGCAUUUGAGCGUCAUAUACAUACAUUCCGGAAAAAAGGUGCACAAGUAAUAGACAAUCUGAAGAUAGAUAACAUCGACACAAUUUUGGAACCCAAUCACAGUGGCGAGAUCUCGAUUAUGAUGGCGGACUUCAAGUCGUCUAUAAAUGCUUACCUGAGAGAGCUGGAAAAUUCUCCCGUGCACUCUUUGUCGGAUAUUAUCGCUUUCAACGAGCGUAAUCCGGACUUGGAAAAGCUUACGGAUUACGAUCAGCACACUUUCAUAGCAGCGGACAUGACAGACGGGAUAGGAGAGCACGAGAAAGCUAUACUCGAAAAAUUGGAUAGUUUUUCAAAAAACGGGUUUGAGAAGUUAAUGAAGGAGAAUGAGUUGGAUGCAAUGGUGACACCUGGCCCACGCGCGUGCCCUGUGUUGGCAAUCGGAGGCUGCCCGGGAAUUACCGUGCCAGCCGGGUAUGGGACCAAUGGGAUGCCGUUCGGAAUCUGUUUCGGGGGUUUGAAGGGCAGUGAACCUAAGCUGAUCGAAAUUUCGUAUGCAUUCGAGAGAGCUACCAAGGCUCGUCGGCCGCCGUAGGUAAAGUUAUGAUAUAUGCUAAAAUGUUUGAACAAUAUUUUUGUAAUAAAAUUCACUAAAAUGUGAUAUGUCCAGUAUAUUAUUUAUAAAAAUAUUUU